AUGAGUGACGCCGGCCUGCACCGACUCCAGACGCUGGAGGUAGGCGCAACAGAUGCCGUCCAGAAGCACUACGCCCGCCGCAUCGUCGAGCGGCGCGCCGUCUCUGAGAAAAAGCUCGAGUUCGAGCGCGCCAGGCCGCGGUGGCUGAGAGAAAUGGCUGCCGAAGCAACUGGAGUCUUCUUCUACGUCUACCCCGGAAUCGCGUCGACAGCGUCCUUCUUCCUGAACGGCGCCGAGCCCGCCUUCGGUUCAAUUCUCCAAAUCGGCUUCGCGUACGCCUUCGGCAUCGCCUUCGCCAUCAUCACCUGCGCCUCGACGUCCGGUGGCCACUUCAAUCCGGCCAUCACCAUCUGCUUCGCCAUCUGGCAAGACUUCCCCUGGAAAAAAGUGCCGACCUACAUCUUCGCCCAGAUCUUCGGCGCCUUCAUGGCCGGCCUGGUCCUGAUGGGCCAGUACCACGAGCAGCUCGCCGCCUUCAACACCGAGUCUCUCGCCAAAACCGGAUCCGCCGUCUACAACGGCGGACCCGCUAGCGUCCUCUGCACUUUCCCCGGCGAGACGCAGCAUAAUCUGGGAUAUCUGUUCUUGAUCGAGUUCUUCGUCGACAGCUACAUCGGCAUCGUCAUCUGGUCCGCCCUCGACCCCGCCAACCCCUUCAUCGCCCCGGCCUCCGCGCCCUUCGUCAUCGGCCUCGCCUACGGCGCCAUGGUCUGGGGCUUCGCCUCGAUUUCGAUCAGCACCAACCUCGCCCGCGACCUCGGCACGCGCAUCGUCGCCGCCAUCUUCUUCGGGAGCGAGGCGUUUUCGUACCGCAGUUACUGCUGGAUCGCAAUAUUGGUGAAUGUGCCCGCCACGUUCUUCGCGACGUGUUAUUAUGAGCUGGUGCUUAGGGAUAGCCUCGCGAAGUUGGGGACCGGGAGGGCGGUGCAUGAGGGGGGCGAUGAGGGGUUGGUGAGGCAUUUGAGUAGGGUGGGGAUGGCGGAGGAGGGGGGGUGGGGGGGGAGGAGUGGGAAUGGGAGUUGGGUUGGGGUGCUGGAGGGGAAGAGGGGGAGUGGGGGGUCGGGGGUCGCGGAGGGGGUGGUGAUGAAGGAGGAGGUUUGA